UCCCAUUUGGUUCACUUUUAAGCCGGAGAAAUGUUAAAAUGUGGCAGGGCGAAUAUUGCUUAUUGUUUGUACCAGCUCGUCGUCUCUCUCUCUUCCGCUCUUUGUUCAUCUCAUUUUUCCUCACAUUCUCACUCUCCACGCUACAGAACCAGCAGUCACGGUGUUUGACAUAUUGCCUCCCUUAUUGGUGUUUAACAUAUUUCCUGCAAAAAGCUUAGAGUCUAUGAUCUGUUUGUGAUAAUGCUUUCAACCUUAAAAGCUAGUUUGCUUUCGAAAAAUAGCUCAAGCGUCGGAUCUACCGAUUCGAGUUCAGUUCUGCGUACAUUCUUGCCUUCGUGUUCUGGUAGUAACCACUGGUGUCGAUUCGCUUCUAUUUCAAGCCUUAAAGUCCCCUGGCGUAAAGACAGACAACUUGAUGAGGCAAUCGAACAAGAUAAAGCAUGGCGUCUAUGCAACAAAGUAGUUAAAGAAGUUUUGAACGAACCUGGACAGGUAAUUCCUCUGCGUUACCUUGAGAAAAGAAGAGAAAGAUUACGCAUUGCAGUGAAAAUUGAGACAUUCCUUGAUCAAAAUCCUGGACUUUUUGAUGUCUACCUCGACAAAAUUAAGCCUAAAACUCAACCAGUUCCAUUCCUUCGUGUCAGUGGUCGCCUUCAAAGUUUUCUCGAUGAAGAGAAACAGAUCAGAGAUGAUAACGAACAAUUGGUGGUGGCGAAGCUUUGCAAAUUGCUCAUGAUGUCUAAAAACAAAGUUGCUAGUGCUGAGAAAUUAGGAGAUGUCAAGCGAGAAUUUGGGUUUCCGAAUGAUUUUAUGUGCAAUUUAAUUCCCAAGUACCCAAAUCUUUUCCGGUUAGUUGGCAGUCCUGAUGAAGGUAAAUCAUAUUUAGAAUUGAUUUCUUGGAAUCCAGAAUUUGCUAAAUCUGUUAUAGAACAAAGAGCAGAAGAAGAAUCUAAGUUAACAGGUAUCGGUAUUAGGCCUUCAUUCAAUGUGAAACUUCCCAAGGGGGUUUUACUAAAGAAAGAAACGAGGGAAUGGGUCAGGGAUUGGAUGGAGCUUCCGUACAUAUCUCCCUACGAAGAUGCUUCUCAGCUGGACCAAGCUUCACCCGAAAUGGAGAAAAGAACAGUGGGAGUUUUCCAUGAAUUGCUUUCUCUAUCACUUUUAAAAAGAAUGCCAGUGCCGAUUUUAGGGAAAUUUAAGGAGGAAUACAGGUUUUCAAAUGCAUUUCCUAAUGUUUUCACUAGACAUUCUGGCAUUUUCUACACGUCUCUAAAAGGUGGGAUAAAAACUGCCGUACUUCGAGAAGCUUACGAAAAUGACCAAUUGAUCGAUCGAGAUCCUUUACUAGCGAUAAAAGACAAGUUCAUCGAGUUGUUAAAAGAAGGGCAUAGAGAAAGAGAGAGACUAUUGAGAUUGAAGAGAGAAGCAACUCAAAAUGACAAACAAGUAGCCGUUGAUGGUGUUCAUUUGGACUCUGAACAAGGUUCCGAAUCUUGUGAUGAAUCAAUAUGAAUCUCAAUCUGCUGAUUUUCUUAGUUCCUAAAUGCUUUCCUUUUAGUAAUUGAAAGAGAACUUAUUUAUAUUGUUCACAAACGUAUUCUAAAGGUGGAUGAGCUAACCUGCAACAAACAAAACCACCUGCUCCACUACUAAAUUAUAAGAUUGUUGACUACUUAGGUGGACCAUCUGGGCAGUUGAACCUGAAUACUACUCUCUUGGCGCCAUUCAGAGCAAGCAGGAAAAUAUCUGCUGCAGCAGCAAGGUCUCAUACCAGAAAAUCAAAGCAGAACUCGUUCGAAGUUUCAUCAGGUAUGUUUCGGACGAUAUCAUUAGUUUUAUUGAUGGGAUUUAUGGC